CACGACCUGCAUGACUUAAACCCCGAACCACUGCCACCCUUUCCGUUGUCGAAACCCUCCCUCGCUCUGUCAUCCUCCCGACGGAGUCACCCGUUGCCUUCCUUCGCCAUCGCCCUCUUCCGGGUGACACGGCAAGGUCCUACCCGAAGUCAUAUAGCGCGGUGUUUUCCUUGACCAGUUAGCCUCUUUGAGAAUCCGGAAUGGUGAUCUUGGGGAAGCGCCAGAGGAGCUCUGGCAGCGGGAUCCUCAAUCUGUAUCAACGCGAGGUUGGAGUCCUGUCACCCAGAAAUUUCUCGCAUCGCGCUAGGGCUUCGGAGGAUUUUGUUCUGCGUUUGGGAAUUGACAGAAAACUUAACAAGCAUAAUGGUUAUGUAAAUACUGUGAGUCUCAAUGAAAAUGGGAAUAUUCUUGUAUCCGGAUCAGAUGAUGAAAUGGUAAUAUUGUGGGAUUGGGAGGUUGGGACUGUCAGGACUUCCUUCCACUCUGGACAUAAAGACAUUGUUUUACAGGCACGCUUCAUGCCAUGCACAGCUCAUCAUCAGACUAUUGUUACAUCUGCUGCAGAUGGUGAGGUAAGGCUUGCACAAUUACGUGAAGGUGGCCAAGUAACUACAGAAUUGCUAGCUGAACAUGAUGAUGCUGUUCAUAAGGUAGCAUUUGAGCCGCAAAAUCCUCAUGUUCUCUAUAGUGGUGGUGAAGAUGGCAUAGUUCAGCAUUUUGACCUUAGAUCCAAAAAUUCAACAAAGUUAUUCAUAUGCAGACCGUUUAGAAGAAGACCGACUUAUACAGCAUUUGUCAAGCUUAUGGCUAUUUCAAUAGACCCAAGAAACCCAAACUAUCUUGCAGUUGCUGGUGCACAUGACUAUGCUCUGGUAUAUGACAUUCGCAAGUACGAAUGGGAUGGAUCAACAAAUUAUGGUCUUCCAUGUGAAAAUUUCUGUCCUACACAUCUGAUUGAUCAUAGUGACGGGAUAUCAGGGUUGUGUUUUUCUGAUUCAAGUGAGCUGCUGGUCUCUUAUAUGAACGAAUAUAUCUAUCUCUUUCCAAAAGUUCAGGGUCUGGGUUCAAAUCCUGCGUCCUUACUUUCUGAUUGUGAUUCAGAAGAUAAAUCUAAUUCAGUCCUAUCUACAUCCAAUGCGAGCCUAGGGAUUAAGUUGUACAAAGGACGUUGGAGCGAACAGACUGCGAAGGAUGUGCAUUUUUUUGGACCGUAUUGUGACUAUGUGGUUAGUGGAUCAGACUGUGGUCGCAUAUUUAUUUGGAGAAAGAAAGAUGGGGUACUUUUACGUGCUAUGAAAGGUGAUACACAUGUGGUGAACUCUACUGUAUCGCACCCUCAUACCACCAUGCUUGCAAGUUCUGGAAUGGAGAAAGAUGUAAAGAUCUGGGUUCCUAACACCACUCAACCUUUCCAACUAGUAGAUCUAGAGAGUUACGAUGUGGAAGAUCUUGCAUAUGAUGAUGACUCUUAUGAUACUGACUUCAGUGAUAUGGCUCAUUUCAACAAUUCACCUUAAGUGCAAAAUACUACUGAGUUGGACAUGAAGCCGAUCAACAGUUGUAAGCUAUUGGCGCAAAUCUAGCCGCGUAAGUAUAAUCAAUUAAUAUUUGCUGCUGAGCAAAAGUGAUAUAGAAGAUGUGCGUAUCUUAAAUAUCUAAUAUGAAGUAUUUGAAGGCUGUUUUUUC